CUCAUCCAGACCCUAUGUAGGUCAUGUGUGUAGGGAGUGUGAACGUGUUUGGGGAUUGGCCUGGUUCAGGUGACGCCCAGGAGGCCACGCCCUCCGGUAACCACAGGACACGCCCUAAACAGAAAAAGAAACACCUGACGCACAAAAGAGCUGCGUGUCCGGUUUUAUACGCAGGAGACGUCGACGGUAUGGCGGCUGACGAGUCCAUGUUCGUGAGGACGGUUCUGGCUCUUAAUGACGCGUUUAAAUCCGAGGACUCGAGCUUGGCUUUGCCGUCUGAGGAGCGCUUGGCUCGCGCGGCUGACGCGGACGCGGACGCAGACGCAGACGCGGACGGAGCGCAGCGGAGGAGUCGAGUGGAGCAGCAAGUGCAGCAGCUCACUCUGUCUCGGAAAGCGAAACGGUCCAUGAUGAAAGGUAGUCAAUCUAACAGCCAAUUAACAAGUACCACACUUUUCAGAAGCAGCCCUAUGAAGGUAUUCCGCUCUUUUGAGCAUCCUGAUGCUUCAGGACCGAACAGACCUAUGGUUAGGAUGACUAAGCCUCACUGGACGAGGCAGCGGUUUCCUCGGGGGAAUGGAGGAGAGUACGGGAUGAUUAGGUACGGCUCAUCAGGAAACAGCUUCAACUGGGGAUCUGCAGGUUUUACUCUCCCUGUGAUGCGAUCCGUGUCUUCAGCCGACCGUCUCCACGGGACCUUCCCUUUGCAGAACUCUGCCUGUUCCAAGAUGCUCCAAAACACUCGUCCGUUUGUUUCAGGCUGCUCUGCUACUCUUCAGCUUCCUAACAAGCCUGCCUAUGAGGACAAUCUUGACGAUGUCUUCCUACCCGACACUUCACACAUCACCCCACUAAGAGCAGAGCAUCAGACGGUGUUUUGGGAGAAGCAGAAUAUUCCGAGAACACCCAUUCAGCACGGAGAUGCAGUGUGGGCAACACCGAACAUCUGGCAGAGGCAGGAGACAGUGAGAAGACAACCCUCAGUGGUCAGCACACACACAGCGCAGAUGGCAGGAGCCAAACAGCAAGAAGCAACAGCUGACACGCUGAAGAGUGGAAAGCAAGCUGCGCCGAUGACGAUGACGAUGAGGAUGGCUGUAAAUCUCUUGACUGAGAAGAACGAGGAAAUGCAGAUCUCUGCUGCAAACUUCAUCCAAAACCAGUGCUUCAGCAGUGCAGAUGCUAAGAAACAGCUGUCUGUGCUGAAUGGGAUCCCGAAGCUUUUGGAGCUCCUGAACUCGGACAGCGGCGAGGUGCAGCAAGCCGCAUCCGCUGCCCUGAGAAAUGUCAUCUACGAGAACAACGAUAACAAGAUGGAGGUGAAAGACCAUGAAGGUAUUGGUUUGAUUCUGCGCCUGCUCAAGACAAACCGCGACGCUGAAACCCGGCGACAGCUCACAGGGUUGCUGUGGAACUUGUCCUCUCACGACAUGCUGAAGGAGCAGCUAGGCAGAGAAGCUGUAAAACCCCUCACUGACACCGUCCUUGUUCCCUGCUCGGGUAUCACCGAGGGCGAAGAGCCCAAACUGGAGCUACUGGCAGAUCCUGAGGUCUUCCUUAAUGCUACAGGCUGCCUGAGAAACGUGAGUUCAGCCGGACCCAAUGCACGCAAGGCCAUGAGAGACUGUGAUGGCCUCAUCGACUGCCUUGUUUAUUAUGUCCGUGGAACCAUUGCAGAUUAUAAACCAGACGAUCAGGCCUUAGAAAAUUGCGUGUGCAUCUUGCAUAACCUCACCUAUCAGUUUGAGUGCGAGGUGUCUGAACCGAUCAGGCCAGUGGUGCAGGAGUCCAGACAGAGCGCUGCUGCCGAGACCCAGAGACCCGGCUGCUUGGUUAUGAGGAAUGCCAAACUCUCUGAGGCAGACGACCACUCAGAAUCCGAAUGCCCUCUGCUGGAGGAGAAGUGUAACCCGCGCGGUGUGGAGUGGCUGUGGAGCAGCAUCACCAUCCGCAUGUACCUGUCACUGCUCGCCAUCAGCAAGCGCCAGCUCACACAGGAGGCGUCCGUAGGAGCCAUGCAGAACCUGACGGCAGGAAACGGAGGGGUGUCACAAGCCAUGGCACACACCAUCGUGCAGAGAGAAGGAGGCCUGCAGCAGGUGAAGAGGGUGCUGCAGGAAGCGGAGGAGGAUGUGAAGAGAGCCUCAGUGAGUCUGCUGAAAAACAUGUCACGCUACAAGGAGCUCCAUUCUGACAUCAUUAAACAGGUGUUGCCGGAGCUGGUUUCCAUGCUUCACGCUUCAGACACGGAUUCAGCGCAGCCUGGUGACGUCACAUCCAUCUGUCAGAUUCUCAACAACCUGAGCCAGGCGUCCGUACAGAACGCACGCGCUGUUCUCAACAACGGCGUCCUUCCCAGGAUCAUCAAGAUCAGCAGCAAAGAGAGGCACGGAUCCUCGAAGGCUGGCCAGGCUGCUAGUGUUCUGCUGCACACUCUGUGGAGAUACUCCGAGCUUCAUGGUAGCUACAAGAAGGCUGGUUACAGGAAGACAGAUUUCAUCAACAACAGGACUGUGAAGGCGGUGAAUUCAGCUCGUAACUGACCUCAAGUGGAAAACUGGAGAAGUGCACUAACGGAAAGACUCCACCAAUAACAAGGACUAGUUAAGACUCAUUUUUACUGAACUGCACUUUUCUUUUUCUUUUUUUUUUCUUUUUUUCUCAGAAAUGUCAUUCUGGUGCUCUGCUCCUGUGUAAGGGCAUCUCUUACAGGGUAGAACUGGACUGGGCUUUAUAUCCUACUGCUGAGAAAAACACAUCAGUGACUACAUCUCGGAUGGCUUGCAAGUCAUUCUGCUGCAUUCAGUCAUCGUUUUGCGUUUGCGCAUCCACCGUUAACAGCAAAUGGGGUACAUGAUUGCCUCGGGUUUGCGUUUCAACCAUGCGGAGGCUGCCGUGUUCCUGUGCUACAUGAAUCCUAGUCCAAAAUCAUCCAAAAAUUAUCCAGGUGAUGGUUAAAAUAAUCCAUUGAUAGCUCAUUGACAAUUUAAAACCUUCCGUGUAAAAGCUUAAACAGGAAUAAACCCAUAGAGUUAAUUUCACUCGGACUGAACUCUGUGGGUUUAUUCCUGUUUAAGCUUUUACACGGAAGGUUUUAAAUUGUCAAUGAGCUAUCAAUGGCCUGAUCAUGACACACACUGACCAACAUGACGAGUGGCCCCUGUGAGGAAACAGUCUGUGUACAUGGGGGGAAAAAGGAAACAAGAUGUUUAACGUAGUUUUUUGCAUUAAAACGUAGUAUUAUAAAACGCUCCCAGAUUUCUCCUUUGCUUAUUUUUCAUCAUUUCAGAUUCAGAAGCGUAUCAGCAAGAAGUAAGACUACAUGCUUUUUAAAAGUAGCAGGAGGGUAGCAGUAAUGGAGGACAAUCAGCAGGUUUGCCAGGUGUCGCAAUUUAAGAAUAUUUUGAUCACCCAAAAUUUAUUUCUGCAUAAGUUGAUCCCAUUUUUAUCAUAUAUUUUAAUUCAUUAAUUUGCUAUUUUAGUGUGUGCCAGGAAAAACAAAAAUAUUUUUUAAAAAAGCUAUUUCUUUGUUUUCCAUUUUCAUUUCAGAACAAAAACAAAUGAACGCAGCGUGCACGGAUUAGAAACUAAAUUUAAGUUACCAAUUCUAAAAAGAUUUAUAAAUUCAUCAUAAUUAAAUAAACGAAAAAAUAAUUUUUGUUAAUAACUGGGUAACGUGCCGAGGUAACGUGGAAGCCGUGCCGAGUAACGUACCGAGGUAACGUGCCGUGGUAACGUGCCGAGGUAGCAUAUUGAGGUAGCAUAUUGAAGAGCAUAUUGAGGAUAGCGUGCCGAGGUAACGUGCCGAGGUAACAUGCCGAGGUAGCAUAUUGAGGUAGCAUAUUGAGGUAGCAUAUUGAAGAGCAUAUUGAGGUAGCAUAUUGAGGUAGCAUAUUGAGGUAGCAUAUUGAAGAGCAUAUUGAGGUAGCAUAUUGAGGUAGCAUAUUGAGGUAGCAUAUUGAAGAGCAUAUUGAGGUAGCAUAUUGAGGAUAGCGUGCCGAGGUAACGUGCUAAUGGUGCAUCCAGCGGAGUUGUGUUUACCAUACCCCACUUCCUGAGUCUAAAUUUUCUAAUUAUUUUAGAAUUCCUGCACUGACACAGAGCUGACAUUUCUCAGCAUUUAGCUGAACUGAAAUUGGGUUCCUGGUUGAUACUCAGUAAUUUAGUAAAAAGUGCAGAUUUAGGGAAAGUGUCGAUGUUCCUGAUGCUUUUCUCUUGUUAGCACUGGCAUCUGUAUACAACACUUAAUGGCUACAUGCUAGCUUAAUCAUUAGCCUCAGUCACUGUCUAGUUCAUGAUCUCCAUAUUUACUAGUUGCUUAGCAAAAGCUUCUUGUGGUUAUAACCACUCAAACUGAGAGCACACACACACACACACAUCAGCUUCAGACAUGACUUGAUGUCUCCAAGUACAGCCUUCGUAGGCAGCGUUUUUCAUGUUCCAAACACACCUUAACGUUUGCGUUCACACGCUAGAAGCAGGAAUUGAUUCAUUCUGUUUAACUCCACAAAGCUUUGCCCCAGACGCUGAAAACCUUCUAGAGUUAAAUUGUUGUUCAUUGUGUUCUGUAUUUUUAUUUUGUUUUAAAAUGAUUUAAAAUAUGUUUACUACUUGUUCUCCUUUUUAAUAGUUUUAUACAAAUUAAAUGUUAGGUAUGUGUUUCUAACACGUGUGUAUGUUAGAGUCAUGAGUGUUUCCCCUUAGUGUGUAAUGUUUGCAGUACGUUAGUGUAUUAUUUAUUACACGUAGCACGAUAUGCGUGGACGUCCCAAGCAGCUCCAGCGCAUGUGUUCCAGCAGUGGGGCGUCUGUCCAGCAGUCAGCGAGAGAAAAUGCGACUUUACUUAAGCCUGCUCGGUGGUCUGUAUCGAACAUGAAGUAAAAAUAAAUCUGUUUGUAAAUGCAAUUGCACUUAAUAUUUUGUAGGUGUUUUUUUUUUUUUUUUUUUUUUUUUUAUAACAACAUGCAGGAAUGUAAAAGUAUGUAGCAAGGAGACACUUAAAUCUUUUUAUUAAUUACAUUACUGAGGUCAAAUAAUGUUAAAGGCAAAUUAAAUCCAAAAGUACAUGCACCACUGCUGAUUCAUUAAUGAAAUAAAUUCGAAAGUAAAUGCUUUCAGCUGAAAUUUAUGUAUGAGAGAAAAAUGAGGUUGUCUUUUUUUUUUUUUUUAAAGAUUUAAAAGAAAAUGUAGAAAUGUCUGAACAGUUUAUGCGCAGUGCUCCCCUUUGCUGCAGUGGAUAAUCUCACAUGGAUACUGUAGAUUUGUAAAUGCUGCUUUAAUAAUAAACGCAGUCCUGUGUUUA